AUGUACAAAGGUGGUAAUCGGAGGGCUUCAUUUGAGACUCAGAAAGUUUCAGAUGAUGCAUUUACUGCGUACUUGCGUCAAUACGAAGUCAAGAUUGCGAAUGCCAAAUCUACGAAAUCUGCCCCUAGCACUGGCGCGUUGAGCCUCAACCACAGCAGUAUUGCAGAACUCAGCACAACAUCUACCCAAAACAACCGUUCCAAGUAUACACGCAAGAAGAGUAUUGCCAAUGCGGGGUCUCAAUGCACUGGCACUGAAGACCCGCUGCAGUGGUUGCUCGGCAUCCCAUUGGACGGUGAUCAGUCUGACACCCCGGCGACUAGCGAGUGUCAAAGAUGGCAAGAUCGCGAAAAUGUCCGCAAUCCUUGUUACAGCGGGUCUCACAUGGUCAUGGAACGGCGUGGCGGCUUAACUUGGAUAAAAAGCCCGAGUGGCGUGCUGGUACCUCAUAUAGAGAACACUUGGUUAAAACAGAUGAUCACAAUGCUUCUCCCCGAUGAGCAAGCUUUGUCAAAGUUCCUGAAGACCUUACAAACGUGUCUUGAGGAGGCUGUCCUUUUCCUUUACAACGAAGGGAUAAAACCAUAUCUCGGUGACGUAGCAAAUCAGAUGAAGCGGUCUAUCGCCGACAACUUUUGGAGUGCUUCCGAGGUAGCCUUUGUUUCUCUGCACUGUAAGGACACUAUUGAAAUGAAGAUUGAGCAGCGAGUGAAAGGCGAGAUGGGAUGGGUAGUAUAUCUGCGUCAGGUUCCACCGCAUUUUUUGGGGUUUGUGGAUACGCACAGCACGAUUGACCCUUACUCCAAUUAUCACUGGCGCGCCUUAAAUAAGUUCGCAGUUGAUAUGAUGACUGCAAAUAGGCCAACUAUAAAAACAGAUGAUCAAGGCUCAGAGACCACAUUGGCAUUCACUGGAGGAAGAUACGCAUUUGCAGAGCGUUUGAGGGAAAAGGUCCACGCGUUCCAAUCUAUGCGUCUGGGGGAGGUGGUCCAUUUGGUCCAAUUGGCAAUUUAUAGUGGCGUAUUUGUCUAUGCACAGCGCAUACUCCUACCUGUUACAGCAUGUGAAAAAACUGCUGAGGAGAUGUUUCCUCGAGUGAAGAAAGUACGCCAUCCAGUAUGUUCCUCUCUGGAAGAGGUCCGGCACAUUGUUUCUCUGCUGGUAGACAACCGCAAAAAUGGCCUUGUUCUAGCCCAGCUUAAACAACAAUUUAUGAUGCAGUUCAACAAGGAGUUGAAUCCCCUAUCUUUCGGAUACAGAAAGCUGCAGAAUUUGCUCCUGUCGGACAAUUUCAAUCGUCAGUACCAACUUUUCGUCCCGGUUGACAGUCCACACCGGACUCACAUUCAAAACCGUAAGUAUAGCAUUCCUGCAGGUUGUAGAGCAUUUAAACAAUCGAAGCUGCGCUUCGAUAUCGAGAAGUUUUGGUCGCCCACGGAGGAGUGGUAUGAUGAACCCUCUUGCGAAGGGCUUACCGAGCUGCCUGUAAACAUAAGAUCAGCUCUGGAAGAAAUUUUGGAUGGAGAAGAAGACGAUUUAAAUUAUCAGUAUGCAAACUACGCGUUACCACUUGCGGACUGCUUGAAAGAAGAUGACACAAGCACAGGCACUCAUGCUUCCAAUUGUAGCACGGGUCGUGGUACUACAACCAGCAACACGGUUGAUAUAGGAGAAUCUAUUAACGAUAGAUCAAACGACUACAGGUCUUGUCUUUAG